AAAAUGGCUAAAUCUAAUCUAGGAUUCUUCUAACCGUAUGCUUUCCAUGUAGUUUAAUUCCCAUUUUCAGUGCUUCAUUCUUGCACAUAGACUUUCAUAAAAAGUUCAUUUGAUUUGACAUUUGUUUCAUUCUCUCAGGUGAUGAAGAUGUUCAGUCACUAAUUAGCUCCACAGAGAGCAGAGACCCAUAAAGUAACUCGUAGCUCUUCGGACCAGAAGUUCUUCAGGUUCUGACUGUGAUCAUGUUAUGUGUUCUGACUUUGACGUGACGAUUAAUUCGCUGAAGAUUCAAACACUGAUGGUUUCAUGUUUAUAAAUCACAAUAACUUUAAUAAUUGAAUGUUUCAUUUUCAGAUGAUCAGAUAUUGUUGCUCAAAUAUGAGUUUGGUCUACAGCUGUAGGGUAAAGUUAAUUUGUUCUCCAUCUUGUUCUGUUUCCUUUCUGCUCUUCUAAUGUCCGCGGCAGCCCUGAAUUUUUCACUAUUCGUCGCGCAGACGUCGCUGACGCUCGACGGCCUGCAGCAGCUGUCUGAUCACCGGCUGCUCUUCUUCUUCCUCUUCCUCAUGGCUUAUGUGUUCGCGCUGUGCAGCGACGGCCUCGUGCUGGUAGUGAUCUGCACGCGCCACAGCCUCCAUAAACCCAUGUACGUGUUCGUGGCCGCGCUGCUGCUGAACUCGCUGCUGGGCGGCUUCGCGAUCUACCCACGACUCCUGUGGGAGCUGCUGUGGGAGAGCGGCUCUGUCCUGGUCACACUGUCAGCGUGUGCUUGUCAGGUGUGGGUUGUUUACACAGUGGGCGGCUCGGCCUUUAUGUUGCUGACGGCCAUGGCCUUCGACCGCUAUGUCGCGAUCUGCCGCCCGAUGCGCUACGCCGCGCUGGUGUCGCCCCGGACAGUGAAAGCUGUGCUCCUGUUCUGUUGGCUGCUGCCCGCCACUAUGGUUUUGAUCAUCGUGCUUUUAGCCGUGUGCCAGCCGCUCUGCCGCUCCAACAUCAACCGGCUCUACUGUGAUGUUUACAGUUUAAACAGACUCAGCUGCGGCGGAAAUGCGGCGCAGAUGAGCGACGUUUUCGCCAUAUUCAUCUCUAUUGCUACUGUCCUGCUGCCCGUGAUCUUUGUACUUUUCUCCUACAGCAGCAUUCUUUAUGUCUCCCUGUGUCGCACACGCGGCUCCAGCAGCAAAGCGUUGCGCACCUGUCUGCCGCACCUGCUGGUCUUCCUAAACUACAGCGCUUGCACUGCGGUGGAGCUUCUGCAGCGCCGCCUGCAGGGCGCAGACCAGACUGCAUCCUCUGUGCUCACUUCGGUGCUGGUCGUUCUUGUUCCGACCGUGUUAAACCCGGUAGUGUAUGGCCUGAAUAUGAGCGCCAUCACCGGAUACAUCAGGCGGCUGCUGGGCAGCAGGAAAACCGAAUGAUUUGAAACGAAUCAGGGCCUGGAAAACUGUAAAAUGUUAACAGAUUGUUUCUGGAUCUGGAUAUUUAAGGAUGAAAAUUUAUAGCUGAAAGAAAAUAAAUCACACCAGCCUGUUAUACUAAUGUAUUUUUAACAUUUUUGAUAAAUUUUAAAUCUUGACUGAUUUGAAAAAGAGUCUGUUUUGCACUUUUCAUGUGUUUUCUAUGAUGUAAAAAACAUGUGUAGAAACUGCUUCUUUGUGAAAUAUUUCUGCAUUUAUAGGGGUUUCCUUAUUGAAAUUUU